AUGCCUCCUUCCUUAAGUUUUCUCACAUUCUCUCUUCGCUGCAAGAAAUUGAUGAUUCUCAACCCUUUAUUCUAUAUAAACUCCCCGAAGCCAAUGGAGGUAGCUUCUCCAUUCAGCCACCUUAAUUCUUGCUUAAAUCGGGCGUUUCUGCAUCCCGUUUCAAGACACAUUCAUGGUUGCCAAAAUAGUGCAUCACACAAUGCUGUUUUUCCUAUGUUUUCUUCUCUUCAUGUCAGGUAUGUUUGCCAUUUCUUCAUCAUCACAAUCUUGUGCUUGCACUCGUUUCCUCAUAUCAACUUCUUUUUGCCUAUUCUAGGCACAAAAAGUGCACCACCUAAAGCGACCCACAAACUGGGCUAUCAAGUAAACCAAGAGGUGCAGAGAGACAACGUACCGGUGGUGAACCCAACGACACCAGGCGCGACACCUAUAGUGAAUCCAACGUCCCCGUUGCCUCCCUUAACAACGGGUCCAAACCCGUUGCCUCCCACAACGACGGGGCCUAACCCAAUGCCUCCCACAACGACGGGGCCCAACCCGACCUCAUCUAGCGGAGGAGCUUGGUGCAUAGCCAACCCCUCAACCUCACAGACCGCUCUACAAGUGGCUCUUGAUUAUGCUUGUGGGUAUGGCGGAACUGACUGCUCCGCCAUUCAACCCAAUGGGGCGUGUUGGGAGCCAAACACGUUGGCUGACCACGCCUCGUAUGCUUUUAAUGACUACUACCAGAAGAAUCCCGUCGCUACAAGCUGUGUCUUUGGAGGGGCAGCACAGAUCACCAACACUGAUCCGAGUCAUGGCAGCUGCCGCUUCCCAGCGUCUACCUCCACCCCCACAACGCCUCCCUCCGCCCCCAUGACGCCUCCAGCCACGCCCACGGCCCUACCACCGCCUAGCCCCACAACGACCUUCGAUCCUUACUCACCGGGAGGGGACAGUGGUGACGGCACACAGCCAACAGACGGGGACUAUGGGCCGACGGGCGAGCCUAACUCAGCAGGGACAGCAUCGAGCAGCCUUGUUCUGCUAAUCAUCACCAUCACUUGCCUAGUGAUGCCUCUUGCCAUGGCUAGCCACGUCUAACAUGUGAAAAACGACAUCCAAUCCCCGUUGCUCACUUCAUAAUGAGAAAGGCAACGGAGAUACAAGAAAAUUUUGAGGCAGAGGAUAUUGCAGCGACCACAAAAAUCAAGGCCUUAAACAAUUGUGAUAAAGUAGAAAGGGGAAGUAGUAGUAGUUAGUUUUCUUAGUUGAUUCAUAGUUAUAAAUAUCUCCAGUUAAUAAAGAAACUCCAGCUAUUUGGAAUUGUUUUA